GGAACGUACCGUGAGGCGAUUCUGUUUACCCAUGUUGUGUUAUCAACACAUGAACCACUUGAAGAUUAAAUGAAAUUUAAUACGAGAUUCUUAUACAAUUAUUUUAAUAAAAUUGACGAUAUUCAAUCCGAUGAAAUACGAGGCUUGACAAAGAAUCACAACCGAUUCGAAACGUUGGCGAUGUAUUAAAAGGAUAACGAAUAAAAAUUUGUCCAAAUUCCUGCUAAAAUUAUUUUAAUGUUUAUAAUAUGGACGUCACCAAUAAUCGAAAUUUGAUACCAGGGGGAGUCACAUCAGACAUACUUACGAUGAUGAUGUGUUUUCUCGAUGCAAAAAUAUUGUCAAUUUGAACAGGAAACUGGCGUCACUGAGUAACAGAGUGAUUUUCCUGUUGCAAUGCAGAUCGAAAGAGGUAUUCCCAUAACAUAUAAUAGAUAAUAUCAGACAGGUUUAUACACUAGAACUAGAGGAACAUCCUUAUUCAUAUUUGGUUGACAGGACCAUGAAAAAGUUCCGUAAGUCAAUUUUGAAUAUAGAAAUCAAGAUAUCCAUUUGGGAAAGAGAUAACACCGAACAAAAACUGAGAAAAGCGCAAGAAUGGGUGGUAGACAAAGUGAACAGUACCACAUAUAGUGCGAUUACCAACGCAGGAAUCAGAAAUUUUCAGAAAGUAUUCCAGAGAGUCAAAACCGAAAAUAUUAAAAAGCUCGAUAGACUAAUUGUAGACCAGAGACACUCGAUGGGUGCUACACAGUCAGACCGAUUUGUGAACAAUUACACCGACAUCGCGAUCCCUGAAGGGGUUAAACUAAUUUUGGGACUCGGACCGAAACAUGGGAUUAUACCUGAUCACAUUCCAAAACUACAACUAAUCAAAGAUAUAGAGAAUUUCACACAAACAACGUUUCAAGAUGAGGAUGAGAGAAACCAGGUCAGAGGAAGAUGCGUUGGAAUAAUCAACAACUUUGUGAGAAUGAACCGACAACCCAAGGACCCAUUCAGACAACACUUUAUACGAACUGGAAGAUUCAUCAAGGAACACCCGGAAAUAAUCAUAGGAAACUCAGAUAAAGGUAACACCACGGUAAUAAUGUAUAAAGACGAAUAUGUUACAGAGGCUAAAAAAAUGCUGAAUGAUGGAGCAACAUACAAGGCAUUACCAUCUGACCCAACCAAAAGAAUUCAGAACAGAAUUAAUAAUUACUUAAAACUACUCAAGAAAGACUCGAUCAUAACAGAAUCACAGUACAAGAUGCUAAUAUCGUAUAAUAAUGUAGCACCGAAAAUAUACUUCCUUAGGAAAACCCAUAAAAGAGAAGUAAAAUUAAGACCUGUAGUUAGUAGCAUAAAAUCCCCCAGCUACAAAAUUGCAAAAUUCCUACACGAAAUACUCAGUGAUGUUCUAUCAACCUCAGUGUUCGAUGUUAAAAACUCAUUCAUGUUGGUUGAAGAACUGAAAUCAACAGUAGUACCGGAUGGUUAUGAAUUAGUGUCACUAGAUGUAAUUUCUUUGUUUACAAACAUUCCGAAAGAAUUGGUCAUCAAAACAAUCAAAGAUAAAUGGCACUAUAUUAAAAACUUCACGAAUUUGAGAAGGAAAGAAUUUGUUCAUCUUGUAGAUUUAUGUUUUGAAGGAGGGUACUUUGUUUUUGAGGGUGUUUUUUAUGAUCAAAUAGAGGGUACAGCAAUGGGUUCCCCGGCGAGCUCGACAUUUGCGAAAUUAGUUAUGCUCGCUUUAUUUACAUAUGUGAUAUCAAAGUUGAAUUUCCAUAUCCCUCUAAUAAAACUCUAUGUUGAUGAUACAUUACUAUUGAUACCUAAAGAAAAAAUUGAAGAGACUCUGAACGUUUUCAACUCAUUCCACCAGAAAAUAAGGUUUACCCUAGAAAGAGAAAGAACCAGAGUAUUCCAUUUUUAGACAUAUUAAUCAUCAGAGAGAAAAAUAGAUUGAGAACAAAUUGUUACAUGAAGCCGAUCAACACAGGUAGAUGCGUAAAUUUCCAUUCCAAUCACAGCUUCUCGCAAAAGAUGAAUAUAGCAGGAAAUUUGAUAAAUAGAGCGGUUUCUCUGAGCGAUGAGGAAUAUAGAAUAAAUAACUUGAAGAAAGUGACUGAAAUCCUGAAACAGAACAACUAUCCAACAUACUACAUAAAAACCUGUAUAAACAUCUACAAUUGAGCUAAGCGUAUUAUCAGAUCGAACAUCGACACAGACGUAGAGACGGUGAGCACAUCACAGAGCACCUUUACAUCACAACAUAUAACAACUAAAAAAUAUUUCAAACUAGUAUUUUAUCCUACAUUGUCAUAUAAGAUUGAAAGAAUUUUCCGCGAAUACAAUGGUGCUGCAGCAUUCUAUAAUGUUCUCAAUAAUAAGAUGAAAUUUUACACAAAACUAAAAGAAAGAACACCAAUUUUACAGCAAUCAGAAAUUGUUUAUAAAAUAGAAUGCAAUAACUGCACAAAAUGCUACAUAGGCCAGACAAAGCAACUACUACAGGAGAGGAUAAGACAACAUAAAAAUGAUGCAGAAAAAUCUCACAUA